AUGCUGUGCCCUGAAUGUGAUGACAUCCAGUUGGCCACCAUGUGCUCAGUGCUGGCCAGCGCCAAGGACAUGAGCAUGUCCAAGAAUGGCACCACUGGGCGCGCCUACAUCAUGGCCGCAUUGGCGCUGUGUCCUGGGACUGAUCUCCACCACAUCCAAAAGGCCACCAGCAUUACUGUGCUGGCUGCCUACACCGACUCGGAGGCGGCCAAGACUCGACAGCGCGGCCAAGCCUUGACGGACGACGGCGACUGCGAGUUGAAGCACCUCUUCCACAGCAUGAAGGAAUCAGGAAUCUUCCACAUCCACAGCUUCUGCAUUCACUAUCUCAACAAAGAUGAGCAUGUUGACCCCAACAACACCAACAAAUUUGAGGCUGUUGACUGCAACCAUCAACUUAUCAUUUGGUGCAUGCUUGGCCUCAAGGAAUGGGAACAGUUCCAGAUUGUCAAGCUAAGGUGGGACAACAUGGAUGUCAACCACCUGAUACUCAACACACUCUCACAGUCCAUCAACAAGAUCAAUGCAACAGGAGCAAUCACUGUCUCAGCCUUCAACACCUCACUUGCCCACUACAAGCAGUACACCCUUCCAGCCUGGGCUACAGCAUCUGGCACACCAAACUUUGCUCUCUAUGCUGCCUAUGUGGUACACCACUACAACCUGAUCUUCCUCUUCUUGUGUGAGAAAUCUGCUUGUCUCAACAAUCUGAUGCAUGUUGGAUGCUCUUUCCUGCUUUUAUGA